AUGUUACUCAAAUUAGUCAUACUGGUCUUGUCCAGCUUGACAGCCUGUAUCACGGCUGAACAAGCUGCUUUACAGCUUCCGCGGCCCCAAGAGCUCUCCUCCGAAUCCAGCAUCAUACCCGCGGAAACCUCCAAAGAGCUUCUCUCCUUACACCGAAAGCUGGUUGAGAUCGAGUCUAUAUCCGGGAACGAGGACGAAGUGGGACACUGGUUGGCCUCGUACUUGGAGUCCAAGAACUUCACAGUGGAGCUGCAGGAAGUGAGGGCAAAGCGCUUCAAUGUAUUCGCAUACAAGGGCAAGAACAGAAAGACACCGAUAUUAGUGUCGACUCAUAUUGAUACUGUUCCUCCGUACUGGCCCUAUGUAUACAACAAAACAUCCAACAUAAUAUCCGGACGCGGAUCUGUGGAUGCAAAAGCAAGCGUUGCUGCUCAAAUAACCGCGGUUCUCUCCCUCGAGGACGCCGUUUCUGACAAAGUAUCACUCCUCUUCGUCGUUGAUGAAGAGAGGUACGGCCUGGGCAUGCAGCACUUCUCCGAUCAUGCCCCACACGCAUACGAUGCAGUCAUUUUUGGAGAGCCUACGGAAGCGAAGCUUGUCUGCGGCCACAAGGGUAUAAUCAGCUUCGAGGUCAACGUGGAAGGCAAAGCUGCUCAUUCCGGUUAUCCAUGGCUUGGUGUCAGCGCAAAUGACGCUCUUAUCGAGGCUCUGGGGAAACUGAUACAUCUGAGGGAGAACUUACCAUGGAGUACCAAGUAUGGCAACACUACUAUGAACAUUGGACGGAUCGAGGGCGGACUUGCUGCAAAUGUCGUUGCCGAGUCGGCGAUGGCUAAGAUAGCUGUACGAAUUGCUGCUGGUACCCCGAAAGUGAUCGAAGGCCUUGUUAUCGGCGCAUUGAAAGAUGUAAAAGCAAAAGUUGAGGACGAAGGGGGCGCCUUGGAGAUCAAUUGGAUACAGGAGGGCUAUCCGCCAGUCGACAUCGAUUGCGACAUUAAGGGCUUCGAGACCAUGACGGUCAACUACGGCACAGACGUUCCAAAUCUAAAGGGCGAUCACAAGAGGUAUCUCUACGGACCAGGAAGUAUAUUCGUUGCACAUUCGGCCCAUGAGACACUGAAGGUCGAGGACUUGGAAAAAGCAGUGAAAGAUUUCGAGAGGUUGAUACUGGCAACCCUGAAGUAG